GCGGCUGAGCUGCCGCCCAGUUGUUGCUGCGCGCGGAGAGGAGCCGAGCGGUGCCGGGGGUGGGGGGUGGGUCAUCGGUGGGUAAGUGCCAGGGGGGGGGGGGGGCUUCGGCCCGGCUCCCGGAAUAGAUGCGCUGAAGUUCUGCGGAAGAAAGGAUCCCGGCGCGGUGGGCGUGCUCGGAGCUGCCGCUGCCCGGGGGUGCUCCGCUGGGUUACUCGCGAGGAAGCGCGGGCUUUUCCGGGAAACGUCCAAGACUCUUCGAGGGAGUCCGCGGGCGCUGGAUUGCAAAGCCGCUCACCGGGGAGAGUGCGGAUCCUAAUUCGGCGGGGCGUUUCUCCAGGGCAGCUGAGAACUGGGAAAGCCGGGCGAGGAAAUACAGCUCCGACACCCGGCCAUCUCGCCUUGGGGGAAAGGCUUUUUGGCUUGACCAGUCCCGCCGGAGUGCGUGAGGGCUUGGCUCUGAAAAAAGGACAGGACCUUUUAAACAAAAAGGUUUCAUUUUGAUUAAUCAGUCUGGAGCAAACGGACAUGACUGAAACAUCUUUUCAGAGGAAAUGUUACCAGCUUGACUGUUAGUAACUCCAAAAAUUCCUAUGAAGAGCUCAGAGAAAAGCAUUUUGAAGUAUAUGCCCAGCAAAGCUCAUCUCAUCUCAAGGGUGUUAUUCACCUCCCUUCUGCCUCUGUCUAUGAAUUUGGUCAGCCAUGGCUAGAGAAGUUUAUUUAUUGCUUCUUUUAUUGUUCUGUGGGAGAACAAUUUCUGAACGGCAGCCUUUGCCUCAAAUGCCUUCUGAAACUCUAGAUUUUGGGUAUGUUCCUCACAAGAUAUACAACACCAACGCUUACUAUGAGCCUGGAACAAUAGGGAUUUUGUUCCACAUUGUCCACGCUUUCCUCUGCAUAGUUCAGCCCAAUUAUUUCCCUCAAGAUCUUAUCAAAAAGGUAGCACUGCAGACAUUUGGAAAUAAGUCUGGUGAUUAUCAAAAGGCAGUUUACUAUGAAAUCGGCUUCAUAAUCUCAGCUGCCCUGGGAAUCUUAUUUGUCCUGUUGCUUCCAUUGAUUGGUCUCUGUUUCUGCCUGUGCCGGUGUUGUGACAAUUGUGGUGGGGAAAUGCACCAGAGACAGAAAAAGAAUGCCAACUGUCGGAGAGGCUGUUUUGCUAGCCUCCUCUUGGUAGUUACAUUGAUAAGCAGUAUUGGGGUAUUUUUUGCCUACGUGGCUAACCAGCAUCUCACAAGCCAAGUCCGAGGAGCCAGGGGACUCAUGAACAAUAAUUUCAGAGACCUUCAGAUGUUACUGAAUGGAACGCCUGGGCAAAUCGACUAUUUGGUGAAUCAGUAUAACACUACCAAGAAGAAAGCACUUUCUGAUCUUAAUAAUGUUGGGACAUUGCUUAGCAGUCGAGUCUGGGAACAGCUGGGAAAGGAAGUAUACCCUGCUCUUGAUGCUGCCCUUACCAUGGCAGGAGCUAUUAGAGAGACGAAAGAGGCACUGGAGAACGUGAGUGGGUGUCUGGAAACGCUACAGGAGGGCACUGAGAAGCUGCACACCAGCCUGAUGGAUGUGAUGGAAGACUUGAUAGAUACUCUUAAUGAUUCAGCUUGCACGGCUACCCAGGCCGCUUCAACUUGCAACCUUAUCAGAAAUUCUUUGAAACAGCUAACCAUUAAUGCUAAUUACAGCAAGUUACCAGGAGUGAAUCCACAGCUUGCCAAAGUCAACGAAGUCCUUAAAAUAGACCUUUCCAAUCUCAUUCAAAAGGGUUAUGCAGCAUUUAAUGAUACUCCUGAACUGAUACAGGAUCAAACAAAGAAUAUUUUAUCAGAUAUAAAAAGUAUCUUGGAAAACAUUGGUUCAAACAUCACAGCCUUUACUAAAAAGCUUCCCAUUGAGAAGAUUCUAACAGAUUUCACGGUAUAUCUCACUCAGAGUGAAGCGUAUGUUGAAUAUUAUUUUCCAUUAGUGGAGCAAUAUGAUUUCUACAGGUGGCUGGGCUGCUUAAUACUAUGCUGUAUGGUGAUCCUGAUUCUGGUCUUUUUCUCCCUGGGGUUAUUAUGUGGCACAUGUGGCUAUGACAAAAAUGCAACACCAACAACCAGAGGCUGUGUCUCAAAUACUGGAGGAAAUUUCCUGAUGGCCGGAGUUACUUUCAGCUUCCUCUUCUCUUGGUUUCUGAUGCUGAUAGUAGUGGUCACUUUCAUUACCGGUGGAAACGUGGAGAAGUUGAUAUGUGAAUCAUUCGAUGACAAGACUUUAUUCCAAAUUUUGGACACACCCUACUUGCUUGAUCACAAGUGGAAGCACUAUCUGUCUGGCGUCAUUUUGAAAAACCCAGAUAUUGACUUGACAUUUGAAAAGGUUUACAGUGACUGCAAGGAAAAUAAAGGCAUUUAUGCUACACUCCGCUUGGAAAACCUCUUCAAUAUCCAUACAAUCCUAAACGUCAGCAUGUAUGCAGAAGAUGUGUCCCUUAAAAUCAAGAAAAUCAAUAUAAAUUUAAGCAAUAUAGUUUUACUGAGCAACACUGGAAAAGAGAACUUGUUGAAUUUUGGUUCUUCGGGAAUAAAUGAAAUCAACUUUGCGGCAUACCUGUCAGAGAUUAAUAAGAGCAUCACCAAAAUUGAUCUAUUGUUAUAUGCUAAUGAUUUGGAAGCGAGAGCAGAUCAGCUGCCCAAAGGAGCAUUAGAAAACGCUUUGAAAGGACAUGCAAAUACGAUUCGGCUGAUACAUAACCAGCAAGUUGUUCCGUUGGAACAAGGAAUGAGUACUUUAAACCAGAGUAUUCGGUUACUACAGAAAACGUCAUUAGAACUUCCAGAAAAAGUGAGAAGUGUAAUCAGUGCCAUUGAAGCCACUCAAUUUCUUAUAAACAACAAUGCUUCAUUUGUAAUUGUCCAGGAAGCUAAGAAAUACAUGGAUACUAUCUUAGGUUACUUUGAGCAGUAUUCCGUAUGGGUGAAGGACUCGAUUACUACACAAGUAGCAACCUGUAAACCAAUUGCAAAUACGAUUGAUACAGCUGUCGAUAUUUUUCUGUGCAGCUAUGUAAUGGAUUCUUUGAAUGCUUUCUGGUUCGGACUAGGAGGCUGUUGCAUCUUGCUGAUCCCUGCCAUUAUUUGUGCGGUGAAACUAGCCAAAUUCUAUCGCAGGAUGGAUACCGAGGACGUGUAUGAUGAUUUGGAAAAUUGUAAUAUUGGUUAUCAUAAAGAGCAAUUAUAUGGUAUACACAAUCCAGUUAUGACAAGCUCUGUGGAACAGUGGUAACUCAGACUGGAAUUAUUAACCAUCCUGGAAACAACAGUUUCUCCUCAAGGAAGGCACCACUGAAUCAUCCUGUUUGAAGACGGCACAGCAAACAAAUUUUGCAUAAAAAAAGAAUUACUGAAUCUUUGGUCAUAA